AUGGGAAAUGAAAAUAGUAUUUCUCUUAACCAGUUCAUAGAUGUGAGAAAGAAUGUUACCCAGACAUUCAACAAAAUUGAUCGUUACUUGGAUGAAGACAGGUUGAAGACAUCUUUUGUCUCAUACUACGGUUGCCUAUUUGUGGUUGAGGAGAAGAGAAAGAGUGGCAUUGAAAAUCCUUAUGUUGUGACACUCGCACAUUACUAUGCAAUUUGUGGUAAAGGCUACUUUGGGUUGAAAAGAUACGAUGCUGGGCUUUCAAUGACUGUAAAUAUUAGAGUGGUUAAUAAUGAUAUUGGUUGUGUUUGGAUGGCUUCUCAUAAUCACUCUUCUAGGGUACUUCUUCCUAUGUUUCAAGAAGUACUUAGAACAGUGACUUGGAAGUGGGAUACUUGCCCUUAUAUUGCUGCUGAAGCUAUUAGGAAACAAUUAAAUUAUAUGAACAAACAUCUGUUGAAUAGCAACACUGAGACAGAGACAGAGGACAAAGAAGGUACCUAUGUUCAAUUAACUAAGGAAAUUGGAAGUAAUGUUCUUGCUAAUCAAGGUGCGAUUACAGGCAACAAUAACGGUAAUAUGGUUGUGAAGAAUCUUUACCUUAAAGGACGUAGUCCUAGUUGGUAUCCAAGUCUCCACUCUUAUGGUCUAGCCAAGAAUGAUGACUCCUACCCUCUUCGACAUCGCUACAAUUACGCGCCUUCGACCAACUGGAGAAACCUUCCAUCCACUUGA